CGUCCGCGGCCGCCGUCGGCGCCCUGAACGCCGCCCUCAGCUCGUCGCGGAGGGCGUCGUCCGCCUCGGCCUCGGACUACUCCACCACCACCUGGAGAGAGUUGCUGGGUGGCAACCCCAGGGAAAGUUCGUUUUCGAGAGAGACGAUGGUUCCUCGCCACCAACACAGCUCCAGCUGCGGCUCGCUCUCCACGGACAUGCUGGGGCCGCUCAUCGUGGGCCCUUCCAUCUCCGUGGACGACUGGGUGCCCGAGCGGCCGCCCAAGAAACCUCACCUGCGAGCUGCCUUCGCGGCGCCCGGCCAGGUCCCGUCAUCAAACACCCCGUCCCCGACCUCGCCCCCGGCCCCCAGCACCCCGCCCAUCCCCGCCAUGCCCACCAUCCCCGCCAUGCCCGCCAUUCCCGCCAUGCCCGCCCCCGCGCUGCACCACCACCGCCCCCUCUGGCCGUCGCACUGUCCUUCCCCCGACCUACCGCCCCCGUCGCCGCCCCCCGCCUCCGAGAGCGAAGUGAUAGUGUCCGACGAGCCGCUGCCGCCCCCGCCCCCGGAGCUGCGGACCACACCCGCGGCCACCCCGGUGCCGACGUCGAAGUCACCCCCGUCGCCGCCGUCGCCACCGCCCUCUCAAGUUCCUAAAACGCUGUCUCUGCCCUCACCGCUGGCGGCGAGCCCCAGGGUCAGCCCAGAGUCCUCGGACUCGUCCACCACUGCCACCGCCUCCACCCCCGGACACGACCGGCUCAACUCGAGCCGGCCCUGGAGGCAGCACAAGACCUACCUGGAGACGUCGUUCGAGGCCGGCCCCACGCCCACCCCUGUCCAGGCCGCCCACGCGCCACCGCUGGCGCGCGCCGCCCCCAGCCCGGGCCGGCCGACCGCCCACCAGCAGUUGCAGCUCCCGGAGCGCGCCGCCCCCGAGCGGCAGUCGCUGUGCGUGCGCAAGCCGCGCGCCGCCACGCUGAUGCGCUCCGAGAGCGUCAAGGAGGCCGCCAGCGAGGCCCCGCUGCCGCGCUACUCGGCCGGCAACGUGAGCGCGCUGCGCGAGCAGCGGCAGAGGCUGCGGCAGCGGGACCGGCAGCCCGACGAGCGGCUCGCCGCCAAGCUGGCCGUCAACGGGGAGGCCAACUCCAACAGACAGCCGGCCGUAGCUCAGCUGCGACGGGCGCCCGUUCCCGUGGAGGUGUCGCCCACGGCCUGCAAUGCCGGCACCACCAUCAACAACAAUAGCAACACCGCCAGCCCGCCCGCGCAGCUCAACAGCAGCAAUAGGAGCACCUCCAAGGCGUCGUACCUGGACCUGUCGCUGCGCAAGGACCGCAAGGAGCGCGAGCGCGAGGCGACGCUGCCCAGCUUCGAGGGCAGCUACAAGCAGACGCAGCCCGCGGGCCUGGUCCCCGCGGGCCACGUCGGCCAUGUCUCCACCGGCAGCACCAUGACCAACCACAGCACUGCGGUGCCGCAGGCCCCGCCGCGACCCCAAAUGGGGCGCCUGCAGUCGCUGCAGGCCCUCCAGGCCCUCCAGGAGGACAGAGACAUCGUGCUGGUCGUGUCGCCGCAAAAGCCCGCCAUUGUGGAACGUCAGAGGCUAUCCCCCGAGGACGACCGGCUGGCCAAGCCACUGGGUGCCGCGCCCAGCCCCACCCUCAACAACAACAACAACAACCUUCACCACCAGCACAACCACCACACCCACACGGCAGUGCCGGCCAUGGCGGUGCCAAUCGUGCCGACGUCGCCCUCGUCGACAGCGUCCCCAACGCCCUCCCCGAUGUCGGCGGCUAGCGACACGGACUCGUGCUGCAGCUCGGACAGGCUCUCGCUGUCCACGCCCACGUCCAUGAACCUGUCCCCCUCGCAGUCUCCGGCCACCACAUCACCCUCUCCGCCCAUCCCGACCCCGAGCCCCAGUCCUGGCGCCGGCGCCCCGCUGCAUCGGCUUGCGGGUCAGGGUGGCUCACCGACACUGCCGGCCCGCCUAGCGGCCCCCGCUGCCCCCGCCGCCCCCGCCCCCAGCGAGGCGGUGGCCAACGUCUUCCACCACGUCGUGGCCGCCCCCGCUGAGGUGGUAACCUCGACGCCGACGUCGUGCCGCAUGUCCAGGACGAGUGACGCGUCCUCGCAGACCGACCUGCUGCAGACGCCGCCGCCCUCGCCGCCACCCUCGCCGCCCCCAUCCCCGCCCCCCUCGCCGCCGCCAUCGCCACCCCCGUCUCCCAAGCCCGGCCAGCGGCAGUGGAUGCACGAGGAGAUGGAGGUGGAGAAGCUGUCCAGGGACUUGGCCAGUCGCCUGCACGGAAACGACCGUCUGCAGGAACUUUUAGCUCCUGCGCCAGAGUACAAGAAGCCAGCAGAUUAUGUAUCCGGGCUCUUCAACCUGAGUGUCCGUCCGAGGAAAAUGUGUUCCAAGUCAACCUCAACAUCCACAUCCCCUCCAUCAUCAACUUGUAGUUCAGUGAUAGCGCAACCUGUUUCUGUUGAGAGUGUCAGCUCAAGUACGCCUGUCAAAAUGGAACCAAGUCCACCUACCCCAGCAAAGAGAGAUUCUUAUGCAAAUAAUACAUCAACCUCUAGUUUGAAUUCAAGUCGAUCCUCACUAGAGGUUUCCUCAAGCAAUGGCUGUGUCACCCCAUCCUCUCCCACUCCCACUAGUCGCUUAGCAGGAACACCCAGCGGCAUGGAGGCAUUACCAGCUAGCUCUCCAUACUUUGCAACAUCUGAGUCAAAAGCUCGUCUUCUCACUAGGCUUAGUCAAGACAAUUCCUCUGCAGUUGAUCUCAGUGGUGCAGAACUGAACCAGAAGAAGGAGGAGCUGGUAGCUCGCCUGUCAAGAAAGUUAGCUAUUCUUCGUGAAGAGCAAGAUGCUCUAAGUGAGGAACGUAGACUGAAUGAAGAGUUGGGCGAAGCAGUGUGUGCCAGAGUAGGGAAAGUAGCGCGACCUGGACAAUCCUCUAAGUUGCGUUUACAUAUCUCUGAAGUUGGCCACAUUACAUCUUUACUUCUUGGGCUCUCAGGGCGAUUAGCAAGAGCUGAGAAUGCUCUGCUUGCACUUCCAUUACAUCAUCAUGAGAGAGUAUCCCUGGAAAGCAAACGUGAUAAGUUGUUAUCUCAGUUGAUGGAGGCCAAGCAAUUGAAGGCCAGCAUCGAUCAAAGGAGUGAAAGUGUCCUGAAGUCACUUUUAUCAUGUCUUAGCCCAUCAGACCUUGAUGAUUACCAACAUUUUAUCAGUAUGAAAGCUAAACUUAUUGUGGAUGCAAGAGAACUGGCUGACAAGAUCUCUCUUGGUGUGGAGCAGCUUGCCGCUCUGCGUGAAAACCUUUUGUAGUCAACUCCGAUUAUGUUUGUCCUUGCUUCAGCUUAGUGGUUGUUAUUCUUGAAAUCUGAACUGUGCUUUACCUACUUUACCUGUCCAUAGUAUUUAAAGACUGCAGAAGCUUCAUAACACAGGCAUGACUAUCUUGUGCUUAGAUGAUUGUGCUAAGUCCUCUCUCUAACAUCCUAAAACUGAUAAUUUCUAUUUACACUAGAUACAAUGUGCCAUUGAACUUUCCUUAAUUUUUUAAGCAUUUCUGUAUGUAUUACAGCCUCAUAUAAGGCAAAUUCUUAUCACAUGCGUGCUUUUCAAUUUUGUAUACGUUAAAAACAUGUCAUCAGCACAGGACAGUUCUGAUAUUUGUUACAACCAGUGGUACUGAUUUUGAGGAGAGAAUCAACAAAUGAUGGCAACGAAUUUUCGUGAUAGAGGAGUUUUGUGUUCUGACUUAGGAUUUUUAAGGUAUUAAAAUAAAUGUUUCAAUUUAUGAAAAAAUGUACACACCUACAUUGUAUAAUGUUUACUCAAUUUCUUAGCAAUUUUAAAAUUAUUAUGAACUGAAAUCAGUCCAACAAUCAGAACACACAACUCUCAGGCCAUUGGCCUUGAUUUAUGAUUAUACAAAAGAAAAAUGUGAUGUUAUAUAUUUGAGAUGCAAAUGGUGUGUAAAAAUAAUUGCUUCUAUUAAGGUUCUUAAUUUUACUUCCUGAUGGAAGUGAAUUUUUAAUGAAAGCAAAUGCCAUGUCUCUCUUCCUACCUGUUAAAAAAUCAAACUAAUUGUUGUUAUUUGAUGUUUUUGGUGAACCUAUUGUUUACUUACUUAUUGUAAGAACUGACUGUCCAGUGAUUAUUUGCCUCAAUAUUAUAUUGGUUUUAGAGCCACUUGUUUUGAAGAUGACUGAAAGUUUUAAAAAAGCUAAGGGCCAGGCUCAGUUUGUCAUAGACAAAUCCAAUCAGUUUGUAGUUUCUAUCAAGAAAGAGGAAUGAACUUUGACGAGACUCAAAAAUCACUUAAGGGAUAAUCAAUGUCUUCAUAAGAUUUUACUGUAUACCUGAUGUGAAAAUCAUGUGUCAUUAGCAUCUCAAAUAUAGGUAAAAUGUAGAAAAAUUCCAAAAGAAGUAGACUCUUUUGGUCUAUGCAUACCUAGUCGUAUUGCUUGUCUCUACUGCUCUUUUACUUGCCACUGAUUGUCAGUGAUAGUCCACAUAAAUUUAUUAAUCCGUCCAGGAAAACAUCUAACAUUGCAGUAGACAUGUGUAAUAAUCAUAAAUGUACAGUAUUGUUGUUGAUUGCUUGCUAUUGUUAUAUGCUGCUGCAGUGAAGGCAGUGUUCCAAUCUAAUCAUAGCUGUUCCAGAACAUGGCUUUCCGUUAUCUGAAAGAAUUCAUUUUUGUUUUGCAUUUGAUUGUUUUUUCAACCAAUGUAUAUCACUGAUGUUUGUUUGCAAGACUCUGUUACAAAGUAUUUUCAUAUAAAUUAUUUUUCUGUCUAAAUAAUAAAUUUAUUUUAUGGACUGCUUACCAACUGUCCAAAAGAGAACAGGCUUGCUACUCUGCAAGUCAUGUCUAGCAGUAUGGCUGUCAAUGCCAUCUUAAAUCCUUUUGUACAAAUGUUAAUUAAAUAAACUAAGACAGAAGUUUUUCCUCCUCGAGAAAAGUCUUUUAACAGUUGUUACUCUCAAGGAAUGACUUCUAUAUUGUGAUACCGAUGAAGAGAUUUGUAAAUAAAGUGAUAAAUUUAUUGAAUAUUA